GAUUGAGGAGCGCGGUUACCGGAUGGGCUGGGUCUAUGGUCGCUUCGUGGGCCGCUCUGCCGGCUGGUGCUUUUUUAUCAGGGCAAGCUGAGUUCCAUGGUAGGGAACUUUUGGCAGAGCUCCCACUAUUUGCAAUGGAUUUUGGAUAAACAAGAUCUGUUGGAGGAGCGCCAAAAGGAUUUAAAGUUUCUCUCGGAAGAAGAAUAUUGGAAGUUACAAAUAUUUUUUACAAAUGUUAUCCAAGCAUUAGGUGAACAUCGUAAAUUAAGACAAGUUAUUGCCACUGCUAUGGUGUAUUGCAAGAGAUUCUAUGCCAGGUAUUCUCUGAAAAGUGUAGAUCCUGUAUUAAUGGCUCCUACAUGUGUGUUUUUGGCAUCCAAAGUAGAGGAAUUUGGAGUAGUUUCAAAUACAAGAUUGACUGCUGCUGCUACUUCCGUAUUAAAAACUAGAUUUUCAUAUGCCUUUCCAGAGGAAUUUCCUUAUAGGGUGAAUCAUAUAUUAGAAUGUGAAUUCUAUCUGUUAGAACUAAUGGAUCGUUGCUUGAUAGUGCAUCAUCCUAAUAGACCUUUGCUCCAGUGUGUGCAGGACAUGGGCCAAGAAGACAUGUUGCUUCCCCUUGCAUGGAGGAUAGUGAAUGAUACCUACAGAACGGAUCUUUGCCUACUGUAUCCUCCUUUCCUGAUAGCUUUAGCUUGCCUACAUGUAUCCUGUGUUGUACAGCAGAAAGAUGCCAGGCAAUGGUUUGCUGUGGAUACGGAGAAGAUUUUGGAAAUAAUCGGGGUUAUUUUAAAACUAUAUGAGCAGUGGAAGAAUUUCGAUGAAAGAAAAGAGAUGGCAACUAUACUUAGUUAGAUGCCAAAACCAAAACCACCUCCAAACAGUGAA